GUGGAGGCUUAGCUCUCAUCCCUGGAGCCUGGGGUCAGACGGCUCACUUGCUUCAUCUCAAGGAGCCAGGGCAGAACACCACUAUGAGCUCUGGGGUCCCAUUACUGAGAGCCCUCCUCUUCCUCUUAGGCAUUGGAGGAGCUCAAGUGUUGGCAACGGGCAAGCCUGCUGGGACUGAGAUCGAUUUCAAAUAUGCCAUCAUUGGUAUGGCAUUGGGAGUAGCCAUAUCUGCAGGUUUCCUUGCCCUGAAGAUCUGCAUGAUCCGGAGACACUUAUCUGAUAAUGACUCUGCAGACUUGAAGAACACACCCCAGGACACCGUCUUGCUGAAGAAGAAAAGCCCAAGAGAUGCCCGGGUGAUUGAGCUGUGAGCUGCUACAUCAGAAGAAGCUUUAGGGACUUUGAGUCUGAACAUCCAAGGCCAAUGAUGGAUCAUUACUUGGACUCAGUAUAGGAGCAGGUACUAAACGGACUACAGUCAGCAGCCCCUGUGUCCCGAGGGAAGCUGUCGAUCCUGUUCUGCAAGAGUGUCUGGAGAGGGGAAGUACAGGAAUGGACAGCAGGGAAAAAGGAAACCCUGAAUCUGUAUUUCUCAACCUAGAUGCCCAUGUAGGAGCUGUGCAGGCCUCUACAACAACAUUGUGUCCUCGUCAAUGAAACUUCACCCCAGCACGGCUCAUACUCCAAGCCAAGACAGCUUCCUCCUCAGUGCUGCGGGGAUAUUAGCAUUCUGGCUUAUUCAUGGUCUUGCAGUCUGAGCUGCCAGGAGAUCCCCACUUUAAAGACAAACCGGGCAAGUAUCUAGGGGAGCAUCGAACUGAUGAGUCAGUGUGCAACGCUUAUCCACAGAAGAGUGACCUUCUAAGGGAACAGAGGACAGCCUAGGGCGAAGUGAGGAGAAGGACACUGACAGCCCUGGGCAGAGGAGAUCUAGAGCAAGCUGGCACAAUGCCUCACAGAGAGCGACGGGCAUGCAGGCUCGCAUUGAUUGCCACACACAGCGACUUGGUGCUGAUGGUUGCAUCGUGUCUGCAUGAAGGAUUCAGGAAACCUACAUCCUGCUAGUCUUGUUAUCGGAAUAAAAUUUAGAGGGCAGGCUCCGGGAACAUUCCCUCGCAAUUGAAUCAUUCCUGUCUUGGAAAACUCUCCUUUCCCAGUCUGCAUGAAGGCAGGUGGCUGUGUGGUCUGGGUCUCCUUUAUCCUGCUGUGAUGAAAGAGGAACUAGUUUUUCAAAACGAAGUGCCGCAUUAAAAUAACGUCUGGAUUCCCAGGGUACCUUGUCUGCCUUGAUGAUGGUGCUACUCAUUAGCAGCUUCUGUUAGCUGAUCACCUGGAGCAGUUACAUGGUACUCAUAAGCAAUCUUCCGUGUGUGAGAUAGAAUAAAUCAUCAUGUACCAGAGCUGGUAAUUGAUUUGUUUCUUUCAGCGCUGUUUUAAUUAAAACAUCUGGUUUGUGAACGGC